AUGGGAUGUAUCCAGUCAAAGCCCGAUUCCCGCAGUCGCGUCGACGGACGCAACGGCGACGGCGGCGAUGGCGCUGGUGCUGCUGCUUCGACGAAAGAGCGGCGUGGACAGUCCAGAGGAAAGGGUCGGGCUAAGACUGUGAGUAUGCAUGGGAAACCGAAGAAGCGGGACCCGGCAGCGGCGGCAACGGCGGCGGAGGCGGAGGGGAAGGAGGAGCAGGCAGGGACAAGUGAUGUAAGAGAUGGAGCUACGGAAUCGAAGCAACCCGCGGCAGGUUAUGUGAGGGAAGAGAGCGACGGUGGUCUACCGCAAAAUCAUGAACCAGCGGAGGGAGCAGUUGACAGAAAAGUUGACGGAGCAGUUGACGGAGCAGCUGAAGGAGCAGCCGCUUCUGGUGUAAGGGACGCUUUGGCAGCGAAGGCGAUACAGGGUGGAGAAGCAACAACGCAGGGGGCAGCGAGGGAAGGCGGUUUGGAGAACCAGCGAGACGGUGCUGACGUGGACGCGGAAAAUGGAGAGUUGUUUGGUGGUGGCGGAUUGGACACGGGUGUAUGGGCUGACCCGACGGACGGUUUGCAAGAUGGUGCAGAGGAGUUCAUUUUCGAUCCGGAUGUUUUGGCAAGCUUUGAGGAGGACCUUCGCAGAGAGAGGGAGUAUCAGCAGACGCUAGAGCAGCUGCUGCUGAACCUUCUCCCGGAGCAAGGGACUGGGCCGGAUGGGAACGAGGAGGGCGGGGAAGCUGACGCUGAGUCUGCCAAGGCUGGUGCGGGGGCAGAGGAGAACGGGGCAAACGCUGCUGCAGGAGAGGCGGCAGGCGAUGCAGGGAAGGUAGCGAGUGCAGCAACACAAGGGGAGGACGCAGUAGUAUCGAAGGAGGAACCAGUGAUUGAAGAAAAGCCGGUUGUUGACCCUGGACCGCCUCCCCCUCCUCCCCGAUCUCAGCUGCUAGAAAGUUUCGAACAGCGCUGCCCGCCGGGCGGGUCGGACGCAGUGGUGGUGUAUACCACCACGCUUCGGGCAGUGAGGAAAACUUUUGAGGACUGCGUCAAAGUGAAGAACGUGCUGCAGGCACUACGAGUGGUGUACGAGGAAAGAGACAUCUCCAUGCGUGUCUCGUACAGGCAAGAGCUCAAAACGCUCAUGGCACCCGGCGCAGCAACCCCUGCAGCAGCAGCCGCCGCCAGCUCCGUUCCACGCCUCUUCAUCUGCGGGCGUUACAUCGGCGAUGCGGAUACUGUGCUCCAGAUGUACGAUGAUUACUUUCUUGCGGAGUUGAUCGAAGGGUUGCCGACCACUGAUGAUGAUGCGGGGAAGACGGGGUGUGGGACGUGCGGGGGUAGCAAGGUGGUUACGUGCCGGCAGUGCGGUGGUAACCACAAGGUGGUUACGAGUUACGGCAUGCGGAUAUGCUCGCAUUGUGAUGACACUGGGCAUGUUCCGUGCCACACUUGCGGAGGUGGGUAA